AUGGAUGAGCGUGACUCUUUGGUGACCGAAUUUCUAAAUUCACACCAAGAACUAUUCAAAGCGCAAACCGAACUAGCGCAAUUACAACAGUCUACCAUCUCCCGCCUUAAAGACAACCGAGAGCUGAUGAGAAAAGUCAAGGAUAUUCGGUUGAAUUCGAACGCGUCGACCUCGACGGAUUUUAACCGCUUACAGUGGUACAUUAAACGCGUGAUUCUUCAAUAG